ACACAACCGCCUCCAGCAGCAGCACCGCCACGAGCAGCGGCACCUCCAGCAUGGCUUACAAGCUGAUCGUCCUCGCCGCGGUGGCGGCCGUGGCUCACGCCGGGUACCUGGGCGCGCCUGCUAUCGUCGCUCCCGGUGCCGCCUUCGCCGAGCCCGCCUACGCCGCCCCCGCCAUCGCCGCCGCCCCCAUUGGUAGCUACGGCCCAGCCGUUGCCGCUGCCCCAGUAGCCAGCUACGCCCCCGCCUUUGUCGCCGCCCCCGUCGCCAGGUUCGCCCAGGCCGUCGCUGCUGCCCCCGCCGUCAGAGCUGCCCCCGCCCCCGCUCCCGCCCCCGUCGCCGCCGCCGCGCCAGCCACCGUCGCCACAGAGUACGACCCCAACCCCCAGUACAGCUACGGCUACAGCGUGUCUGACUCCAUCACCGGAGACUCCAAGAACCAGCAGGAGACCCGCAACGGCGACGUCGUCCAGGGCAGCUACAGCCUGGCCGAGCCGGACGGCUCCAUCCGCACCGUCGACUACACCGCCGAUCCGGUCAACGGCUUCAACGCCGUCGUGCACCGCCAGCCGGGCACCCACCCCGCCCCCGCACGUUCCGCUGCCGCCCCCGCCCCCGCCCCCGCCCCUGCCGCCAGGGCCGCUCCAGCCCCUCAACAGGCUGCCAGAGCUGCCUACUCUGGGACUGCAGCGUCCGCCGCUCCUUCCGCUAGGGCCUACGGCCCCGUUCUGUCCUAUGGCAAGGUUAUUCUAGCCUAAAUGCUAUUUAUUCUAGGCUAGAUGUUAUUUAUUCUUGACUUCAUUUCCCUCCUUAUGUGCACUGCAUAGAUUUAGCACUGUGGAAUUAACUAUUUGUAAUCUUUAGUCUUAAAUAAACAUCUUUGGAGACAUA